AUGACAUACCAUUGUAAAAUACUCGUUUUAUCCAACUUAAUUGAUUGGAUUCGAUGACAUAGGUUUCGUCAUUACCAAUUAACUUAUUCUAACCAAUCAAGUCAUUUUUUGUUAGAUCAUCAAUAUGCAAACCGGAACUGAAUCGAUAGAAAACAUGCGAAAAGAUCGAUGACGUAACUCUCGAUUAGCACGUGCGCCAGAGUCAGACUCGUUUUUAGCUCUAAAAUCUUAAACCAAUGCAUCAAACAAAGUUUAUUUGUACACAAGACAGCGAAAAAUGCUCCCUUCUAGAGGAUCUGACCAAAAGGCCAGAUACGUCCCUCCGAGUUGCAGUGGUGACAGCCUUCGGGAUCGUUUGGCAAUGCCWAGCAAUAGCGCUUGCGCGCUCGCUACAUCGUCAGGUUUAAACGAGGAAGGAGCUCAAGUGAAGGAAGAGUUAAAACAAGCAAUACAAGCAAGACGAGUAAAUCAAGGCUUAAAUGCACUUCCAUUACCCAUUAAGCAAGAGGCUAAAACCACAUAUGAGCUUACACCAGAGGAACAAUYAAAAAUAAAACGAAGAAGAGAGCGAAAUAAAAUGGCUGCCUGGCGAUGUCGAGAGAAAAAGAAACAAAGACUCGACGACCUUGAACGGGAAGCCAAUCAACUUGAGCAAAAUAAUAACGAUUUAGCACGAGAAAUAGCGAGUCUGCGAGCCGAAGUCAACACCCUGACGUCAGACCUUCGUACGCACAGGUGCUUGCUGGGUAAAGGAGUUAACAGUAAGAACUAUACCAAGCCGCCUUCAUGACAAAGAGCUGGGAAUAUGUUAUUUGAUUUGGAACGAUAUAGUUUUUAAUUAGGACUAACAAAUUACUAGAUCUAAAUUGCGAAAAAUGGGAGUAAAACAUAAGAACCUAAGUUGAGGUUUAUCCGGUCAUCGAAGAAUCGUAGUUUUUUGAGAUUCUGGCCAUUUGAAAGCACAUUAUUUCUGGUCUUGUAAUAAGUUUGCUGAAAAUACCGAGAUAUACGAGAGACUUUUUCUCUGAUAGUCGUCGAGCUUAACUGAUUCUGUACACACAGGGGCACAAAUAAAGUUCUGGGGAAACUAGUGAAACAUUCAGUCCAAUCUUUGGUAUUUUUUAAAGCAACAAUUUGUGGUAAGCAUUUCAGUGUUUGAUAAAUGAUACCGUCGAUGAAUAAAAACAACAACAACAACAACAACAACAACAACAACAACAACAACAACAACGAAAUAUCAAUCAAAGCCGAAAAGGCUUUGGAUCUGAGAAUGACGUCAACUUCGUUCCCAGGCCCUUAUCCCUUCUUUUUUGGUUAAGUGGGUGAGACCUGGUAACGAGGUUGGAAUGACGUAAAGGUGAAAGUCAAUAGGCAUUCAAUAAUAUCCCAUAAUUUUUUGGGAAAUUAUAUAUUAAUUGUAGACAAUAGAAAGCAAAUGCAUUUGCAGGUGGAUGUUUUUUCCCUUAAAUAUCUCAUUGUAUCAAAUGCAAUAUUUAUAAUKAUAGGCGUGGCACUGAAGGGAGAUUGAUCGUGAGGAACUUUGAAGCGCCUCAACACGCCAAAAUUGCGGUUAAAAGUUUUUUAAAUUGUAUUCAGUUUAGGGUUUUAAAUUGAAUUUCUCUUGUUGCAUUCGAACAUUUUAAUAAAAAAUCUAAAUGAUUUUAUGUACAACAGUUUGUAUUUAUGAGAUUUCUAUGGUUUGUGGCUCAUUUGUGAGAUAUUUAAUUGUCAGUAUUUACAUUCMAAUAUGCUAUAGUUACAAAUUCAAUAAAUAUAAUAGAUUCAAUAUAUAUGUGCUAAAAUAUUAUUUUCUUUGAUAUUUUCAUACAAUAAAAGGCCCUUUUAUACUC